AUGUCUAUACUCGCCAAUAUCACCUAUCGCCGGUGCAGUCUCCAGGCGGCCUGCAUGACUGCUCCAGCCACCACCGCCGUGAACCACCACCACGCUCUUGGCCACUCCAGUCGCCCCGCAGAAUCCCGGAAUUCUAUCUACAUCGCACCAGAAAGACCUCACGAUCCCGCUGUGAUCCCCAUCACAAUACGACCUUCCGCAUCCACCUAUGUCGCCGCCUCGCCUGAAGUCGCUUCUACUGCAUCCUCUGUCUCUGCCAUCUCAUCCUCGCCUAAAUCAUUUCCCGACUCCUACUGCUCUUCGAUUCCGGAGAGGAGAUUCACCACCUCGGAGCUCGCCGAACCUGCCAGUAUCUCCAAAAUCUACGAGACACUCGACGCCGCUUCGCACCUUCAUCGCCGUGGCCCGACUUUUACCUCUACGAUGGCGCCAUGUCUCAACUACACAUCAUCGCUGUGCACAUUAUCUGCACCUCAAAUUAUUCCUAUCGUCGACGACCUCGUUUCUGUUUUGGACGCUGAGCUUGCUGCUAAUCGUGCGGAGUAUGCCAGCUGGCAAGCGAAGUAUCAGGCUUUGAUGUACUCUCCGCUGAAUGUCGCCGACGACUAG